CUUGCAGCAAGUUUUUAUUGUAACUGCCAAACUACUACAUUAACAAUCUAAUCUUGUAUUUUGCUUAUAUAGGCAUUUUAAUAAGUCGCUAUCCAGUCGACGAUGUUUGGUCCUGUUGUUUACUAGUAGUCGCUGGCUAACGUCAAAGAGGGUUAUGAUAGCUACUUUCUUGGUUAGGGCCAUUUUCAAUCACAGCACCGGAUAGAACACAAUAGGCAUGGUUAAUGAUGGCCACCUCGCCUGUGACGGACGAGGAUGAAGUGGAGUUCGUUUCUGAAGGACCUCUGAGACCAGUGCUGGAAUACAUCGACUUGCUGAGCGAUGGGGAGAAUGAAGACUUUCCUGUUCACAGGACGGUCGAAGACCAGGUGGACAGGCAGAAGGCGAAGGUGGCGUCCACGCUCGACCGGCUGGCUCACCAAGUGGCCACCGAGAAGCAGGAGAGAGCCGAGAAGUGCCGAGCAUUCAAGGAGAAGAUCGUCUCCCAGCAAGCUCACGGGCGCCAGGAGCUGGCCUUCAACGCCAGCAGCGGCGAGACCCGCAGCGCCAAGCACUGCGUCGACAUGUGGCUAAAGAUGCCAGGGCCCAAACCCGGGGCCGUGCACACCGGAUGGAUGAAGCGGAGGCCCGCCCCCCCUCCCGACGGCUCCCGCCGGCCCUCCACGCACACCUGCCCCGUGGUCAACUGCGGCCGGACGUUCGACGGCGUCCCCCUGCUGGAGGGUCACCUGAAAAGGUUCGACCACUCGCCCUGCGACCCCGCCGUCACGCUGCGGGGGGGCCCGUCGGAGAUCUACGCCUGCGUCGCCUGCGGCAAGAGCUUCCAGACCAAAGCGGCCUGGCAGAACCACUACCGGUCCAAGCAUUCCUCCCCCAGCCAUGGGAGUGGCCUGUCCUUCCAGCUGAUCCAGUGCUUCGCCUGUCCCUGCUGCUGCCUGCUCUUCAACCUGAGGGACCAGUGUCUGCAGCACAUGGCAGCCCGUAACCACAUCAGCCAUGCCAUCAUUCUGAGCGAAAAGACGCCCCAGGCCCCUAUGCCCAUUCCAGUCCCGCGCUACGCCCAGAACCAGCUGAUCGCUCUCUGCAAGGAGGUGCCCUUCUGCGUCAGGUGCUCCUCCUGCAGGAGAACGCUGAGCUCACACAUGGAGGCCCGGGCACACUUCAGCGUGCAGUGCCGGCAGGGCGGGGCCGUGGCGGAGGCGGCGCAGACGGUGGCGGAGGUGCUGCGGGGGCUGUGCGCGUUCGGGCGCUGCUCGCGCUGCCGCCGGACCUUCCCGCGCGAGGCGGACGCCGCGGCCCACCAGAGCCAGACGCAGCACCGCGUCUCGGCCUUCCGGACCGUGCAGGAGGCCCUGCUGCACUACUGCCAGCUCCACCAGCAGGGGGCGCCCUCCGGGCCGGCCAAACGGCAGGAGGCGGGCCGCGACGCGGAGGAGUCCCCCGCCAAGAGGCGGAGACAGGGGGGCGGGGGCGGGGCCACCGCCUGGGCCUGCGAGUGCGGGCUGAGCUUCCCCGAGGAGGCCGCCGCCCGCAGGCACCUGCUGGCGGCCAAUCAGAUCUUCCACAGGUGCGGCGUGUGCGGGAAGGAGAUGGGCGAGGCCGCCAUCGCCCGGCUGCACAUGAGCCGUUUCCACGGCGGCGCCCACCUCUCCAACUUCCUGUUCCGGUGCCGGCGCUGCGGGACGGACGCGCCCCGGGAGGAGGACGUCCUGGCGCACGUGCGGGACGCCCACGCGGGACACACCUUCUACCGCGAGCGGGAGGCCCCGCCCGCCCCCGCCCCUGUCCCAGGACCGCCUACACCCGCCAAGCCCCCCUCCCUAGCAAAGGCCACGCCCGCCAAGCCCCCCUCCUCCCCGGCGGAUGCUGCAGCCACCGAACCGGCGGGGCCCUCGGGCGGCGGGCGGGGCCGGGGGCGGGGCCAGGGGCGGGGCUGGCUCUGCCGGAUGUGCGAGGACGUGUUCGGCUCGGAGGCGGAGGUGCGGGCGCACUGCGGGGACGUGGGGGCGCACAGCUUCCACAAGUUCCUGUGCGGCAAGUGCGGCCAGCGCUUCUUCAAGGCGCCCACGCUGGCGCGGCACUGCCAGCUGCAGCACGCCGGCCGCUCGGACCCGCGCCGCUUCUGCGGGCUCUGCAACGGCAUGCAGCUGGACUCCGAGGAGGACUUCCUGCGCCACUACCGCAGCCUGCACGCCCGCGACUACUGCCGCCUGGAGGAGGAGCCGGAGGAGGAGGAGGAGGAGCAGGAGGAGGAGGCGGGGCCCGGAGAGACCGGCCCCUCCCUUGCGGGCGCGCCCGGCCUCCCGGCCGAGCUCCUCUGCCCCUGCAUGGGCGCGGAGGAGGGCGGGGCCGACCAGAAGGCCGCCUUCACCCGCUGCAUGAGGCGCCUGGCGGGGGAGGGCCUGUGCUCCUACGCCUGCCCCCCCUGCGGCCUGCGCACCCCCCACUACCUGCUGGCCAAGGAGCACGCGCGCCUCCGGCACGGCUCCCCGGGGAAACGCGUGCGCGUGCUCUGCGGUUCCUGCCCGGAGAGCGCCGCCGACGUGCCCAGCUUCCACAGCCACUUCCACGCUCGCCACUGCCCCCUGGAGCCCUGCGCCAGCCUGCGCGGGCCGGGCCGCGCCCACGCCGACGCCGGGGACGGCCUCAGGGUGCUGAAGGCCGAGGAGGUCUCCCUGGAAACGAAAGCGGAAGAAUUUGAGGAGGUGAAACGUGCUGUUGCUCUGAGCGUGGAGGAGCCUGAGAGGGGAGCAGAGGAGUCCGGGAGGGGAGCAGAGGAGACCGGGAGGGGAGCAGAGGAGUCCGGGAGGGGAGCAGAGGGCGACAGUGAGGAAUGCGACGAGGAUCUGAAGCGCGCUCUGGCCCUGAGCGCGGAGGAGGCGCAGGAGCAGGCGGAGGGGGAGAGAGAGAUGGAAGAAGCAUUACAGAGAAGCCUUCUGGAAUUUUGACUGGGACAUUUCAAGGAACUUAAAAAUAAUGAAUCUCUUGAGUCAUUUGUAAUCAAUAAAUGUUAAAUAACUGCUGGCCUUUGAUAAAAAGUUAUUGUAAAUAAAAUAAAAACGCAAAGAGGGCAGAAGCAGUACUGUAUUUUUCGGUUCAAUAAAGUUUAUCAGCGGUCAUAG